AUGUCAUCGUCUAAUGAGAAGGAUGUGUUACUUAAAAGCUCAGAUGGAAAGAGUUUCCUAGUUAAUGGAGUUACAAUUGCCGUUUCUGAUACCAUAAGGAAUGUGAUGGAAGACACUUGCAUAUGCGAAGGCAUCCCAUUGCCUAAUGUGAGGGGCGUGAUUUUGGAAAAGGUCAUUCAAUACUGUGAAAAGUAUUCUGAAGAAUCUGAACAACAAAAUUGGCCUGGAGAAUAUGCCAAGCUCAAUGAACCUUUACUCUUAGAUAUACUUUUUGCAGCAGAUUAUCUAAAUAUCAGAAGCUUACAGGAUUUGAUGUGUUUCGCAAUUAGCAAGUUAGUUGCAGGAGACCCGGGCAGAGAUCCUUACUGCCUUGAACAUUUAGGGGAUGGUGGUUGUGGUGGUGGUGACGGUGGUGGCGACGGCGAUGGUGGUGGUUCUGGUGGUGACGAUGGUGGUGGAAGCGGUGGUGGUGGUUCUAGUAGUGCUAAUGAGAAAAUGGUGUUACGGAAAAGCUCAGAUGGAAAAAGCUUCCUAGUUGAGGGGGUUACAAUUGCGGUUUCUAAUACCAUAAGGAAUGUGAUAGAAGAUACGUGCAUAGACGAUGGCAUUCCAGUGCCAGUCCGCGGCAUGGUUUUGGAAAAAGUCAUUCGAUACUGUGAAAAGUAUCAUGAACAACAAAAAAGGAAGUAUCAUGAACAACAAAACUGGCCUGGCGCAUAUGCCAAGGUCAAUGAACCAUUACUGUUAGAUAUUCUUUUCGCUUCUGAUUACUUAAAUAUCAGCAGCUUGCAGGAGUUUAUGUGCCUCACUAUCAGCAAUUUGGUUUCAGGCAAGACCCGGGAAGAGAUUUUUGCUGCCUUGAACAUUAAGGAAAAUCUUGACUCAGAGGAGGAGGCUCAUCUACAAAGAACACUGACCAGAUUGGGCUAUGUUUUUCAGAGCGGAGAUUGGAUGACCGGUCGUUGA